AUGUGGUCAUUAGCAAUUCUCACCACGCUAGCGAUCGCCCACAACGCCGUGGCGACCGAGUCCGAAGACGGAGCGACAAAUGCACAGAAUGGAGUUCUAGUCGGCCAUCUCUUCCCGGCAUGCAAUGGCCGUCGGGCCGGUGGCCACAAGAAGUGGUCCAUGGAACCAGAUGUGCACUGUUUGGCGACUCCAGGCCUGGGGCUGCAGGUGCUUAGCCCAGCGACCUGCGCCAACGGGACCCGAGCAAAACUCGCCCUCUUCGCCGACGCCAAGUGUACGGGCAGGAAAGUCACGGCAGAGAACGGACUGAUCGAGCUUUUGGACUCCGAGGUUGGCCGCCGCAGCUGCCUUUCGACCUGGAACGAGCUGAGGGUGGUCGGGGAAGAUGACAUGCAAAAGAUCCGCGGCGUCGCCUUUUUCUGCGACCCGUCGCAGCUGCCCAACGGACAUAAAGAGCUCGUGCCCGAAAAUAACGAGCCGGUGCCGUUAUCGCGGGCCAAGAAGGCUUCCGUGUCGCACAACAGCUGCUGGAACUCCCAGCACGGCCCGACGGCGCCGACGUUCCUGCAUCCUGUCCCAGACACCUGCCAACGCUUGCCGGCCGGCCGCCAACUCAGCAUAGGACAACCGGGCGCUUGCAAGGACGGUUCGCGCCCGAAACUGGCCCGGUUCAAGGGCGGUCGCUGCUCGCCCGACGAUGCGCUGCCUCUGAUCGACAUUACAGAUGACAGCGAGAUCAAGAAAUGUCUGGCCUGGGCUGAAGGUGACGAUGGCCUCGAAACCAGCUACGGUUUCUCCUGCCAAGGCGUCAAAGAGAGUCCGGGCCUGGGUCAGAGCCGGUCAAGGAAUCGAGGUGGUACCAUUCUUGGCUUUGCCGUUGUACUAUGCUUCAUUGGACUUGUCUCCAUCUUGGGCUGUAUCUUUGUCGCAAUACGCGGGGUAAGGCUGUUGGAGAGGGUUAUGGAUCUUAUCUGGGGCUCCCGCGAGGGCGCUAUCCGGCUUUGA